AAAACUGCCUUUCAUAUUCAGGCGCAAUACUACCCGCAGCUGACGAAUUCAUUAACAGCCUUCAUCGACGGCGAGUUGUGCACGCUGUUUGCUCUUAGUUACAAAUUUAUAUUCAAGGUGUACAAAACGUAAAAAGCUAAAUAUUCGCAAAUCUGCUUACUAAAAUUGUUAAACACAAAGCAACGUCAAUCUACGCCAAAAAAAAAGCGAUAAUACCAAAGUUCAAGUCUAACGAAUGCAAAGUCGUUUGCAGUUAAAAAUUGUGUUUUGUGGUAUAUUCGAAUCAGCUGUGCAGUGCAUUUGCUGAGUUCGUUUAACUGUUCAUUCUUCAGAUAAAAACGCGUAAAAUCUCUCAAGUGAAAUUAAGUAAGAAAUUACCAACAGCCAACGUACAUAUACGCCUAUGCAUACAGUAUAAUAUUUAUGUAAAUUUCAAUUCUAACCUCAAAAUAGUAUAUGAGAUUUUUGUGCUUGUUUAAAACGCGCUUAACGAUUUUUUGUGGUUUAUAUCUAUUAUUUUGUGUGGAGGAAAAAUACCACACCCCGCGACGAAUAAAAAAUACAGCUUGAAUUUUUAAUAUCAAUUGGAAACGUAUCAAUGGCAUCACCGGCCUGUGAACAUCGCUACAAGGAUUUCAUUUUCAUAAAUAAUUAAAUUUCGUUUCUGUGCCGGUUAAAAUAAAAUCAAACCUCUCAGUUUUUACUAAGAGAAUUUUUAAAGUGAAGUGCAUACUUAAAUAAGCGAUUUAAUUCCUGCGAUAGACGCAAUCAAACUUAAAAUUUGUUUAAAAAUAAAUAUCUGUUAAAGAUAAUAUUGUGGAAUAUUCUGUGUGAAAUCCAAGUGCCAGGCCCACUGUAAGAAAGAUAUUACUUAAAAAAAAAAAAAAACAAAACACAAAGCAUACUUUUUGGCAUUAAAUAUCGUACACGCGCCUUCAAACACACAACAUUUCGCACACGUUUGCAAGUGAAGCGAGCGGCGGUACCAAAUUAAAAAAAAAUAAUAAUUUUAAACCAAAAAAAAAAUAUUUUGAAAUUGCAACCAACAACGUGUUGAGCUCCGCUACUACCGCACUUAUUUACUACUACUCCAGUGCUAUGCACCAUUCGCGUUCGGUGGCGCAACUAAAACAACAACAACACCGUACUUGGCAGCGCGACUAUCGCGCCUUCAUUCGUAUGUGUGCGUACUAUUGGCACCGUUCCAUAGUGGGCAACAGCACCGGCGGCGAUACGUACACGCCCACCCCCCAUACACCCAUUCAUCCGCAUACGCAACACUUUAUGUUGAACUUGCAAAAGCAUUUGCUAAAGCGUAAAAGUAUUUUGUGUAUGAACAUUAAUUGGCGCAAUUUAGCAGUUAUAAUUCACAAGCUAAAUACGACUAACAAAUUUAAGUUUGAUAAGUUUAGUAAGAAGAACUUUCGAAUGGUAGACGGUGUAAUGGGUACGUGUAUGACGUCAUCGAUGAUGCGGCAUUGCAUCAUGAUGCUUGGUAAGUAA